UCAACUGUUGGCCUGUACAGCCUAAUCUGGAUUAAGGAUUGGUCCAGUCUGCGGCCAGGACACCAAUAAUCACAUUAUUCUGCCUUGAGUUGACGCCUCAUGAAGCGGAAGCAAUGCAGCGACGAGAAACGUUGCCACUGACGCGUUUGGAUUUCAGGUGAACUGUCAGUGUGGAUGAAAUAUUUUUGAAUUGUCUCGUUGAGUUUCUGUUUUUGAUUCAGUCUGGACAAAGUUGGAUGAAUUAUUGCUGCCUGCCUGCCUGCGGACGGUGCGCGUCCCCCGGUGCAGCACAGCGCUCUCUGCAGCAUCCAGACCGAGCACUGCAGCCAGAGCCUGGAGCACAGUUCUGCACAAAGACCCGCCGCUGAUUCCUGAGGAGCAGCUGCACAAACAUGCAAGAAUCAGCAUCCAAUACAAUGUACGUCAAGUUAACCAUGCAGGAUGUUACCAAUCUACGAGUGCCAGUGCCUCAGAAACUGCCCUCAGAGAUGGCUGCUCCACUGGGUUGACCACUUCUUCCAGCCAGCAUGGAGGAGAGCAAUCUCAUCUUCAGCCUGAACCGCCACGAUGAAGGUCCCAUUGUGGCCUUUUCCAAAGAUAAGCCAAAGGGCAGAGAGAGCCAACCUGACCUCACCCUGGGGAUGGAAUUAGAUCUGAGCCAAGGCCAUCGCUCUCACCCUCUCCUGCCUCACUCCCCCUCAUCCCCAGGCUCUCUGGCUGAUCUCUCUGCAGAUAUACACAUCUCCAGCAACCUCGUCAAGUCCUCCUCUACAGAUCUAGAGCCCAGCGAAAGCGGGUCAAUACGGAGCAAACCUCUGCUCAGCUUGGUCAAGUCGCUGAGCACGGAGAUUUCUCGCCGUGUUGAGCCAGAGGUCAACCUCUCCAAGUCAGACUCCAAGCUGCAUUUGCAUCCCAGGAAGCACAUUACUCAUCCAAGAAUCCCAGAGGCUAAACCUGAAGGAGAACAGAGUGAGGAUGAAGUCUGGGAGUCUCCUCCUUCACCGGGCAGCAUUCCUUCUGCUGAACCCCGCGGAAGCUCGCUGAUCGCAGAGCUGGAGGACACACGGAGGAAGUUUUCUGAAGCCAUGCAGGAUCCUCUGAGCAUGCUGAGUAAGAUCAUGGGGGACGAAAGCUCCAGCAGCCCAAAGCAAGGCAGAGCUGGAGACUCACAGGUUUUCCAGGGCAGUUGUGAAGACAUGGAGCUAAAGUGCCGGAGAAGAACUGAAAGUCUGUGUGACUCGCCUUUAAGAAGACUCCAACAAGGCUCAUUAAUGAAAUCCUCCGUCCCUGCAGAACAGCAAGCACACUACAAAGACAGCGCGUUAGAAAUUCAGACCUUUAAGGACAUGAUUCAAGUGGUGGAGCUGCAGAAUGGAUCCAAAGGCACUCAUCAUAAAGCUUACACUGGAUCUAAAGUUUCCUUUCCCAGCCCGUCGUUCCCUUUCCACUGGCUUCUCCCUGUUGGUCUUCUAGCUUAUGGUUUCUUUGUGCUGCCCCUGCCUUCAUAUGUGACAGGUCUGUCUGUUGGGGUCGCCUGUGGCUUCAUCUUGGGCCUAGUGAUGGUUUACAUGUUCGCCCCUAGACGCUCAUCUACCAGAAGAGACAGGGACUCUCUGUGGAGCAAAGCCAGACAUCUCGACGUGGAUCCCCUGGAUGGAGAGCUGACAAGUCAGGAGUUUCUAGAGGGCUGGAUGAAUGAAACCCACAGCUAUGACCCUGAGACUUUCCAUCCGUCUUCACUCCACUCAGUCUUUGUCACCUUGGAGGGGAGCCGGUUACGUCUUGCAUACCCCCGAGUUAACAUCCCCAGGUGGGCCGGGUUUGACGAGUUGUCCCAUGAGGCUGCAUUCUCGCAAACUCGCACUUACCAGCUGGCUAACAGUAAGGUGUCUCUGUUGCCACCUGGCCUGGCCCGCAAGAGAGUGUGGAACAAGAAAUACCCAAUCUGCAUCGCUCUAGCAGAGGGAGAGUCGGGAGAAGAGAGUAUAGUUGAAGGACAGGAGGAGGAAGACAGGACAGAGAAACAUUCACUCCUGGACCAGCAGCUUCCUGUUACUCUGUAUCUGUUUGGCCGUACAGGAAGAGAGAAGGAGGAAUGGUUUCAGCACUUCGUUUAUGUAUCCCGAGCUGCAGCCAAGAGCGGUGUCAGCGGGGAGGAGAACACAGAAGCCCAGUCAGGGGGAGAACCUGUCAAAGAAGGCACAGAGGAGCCCCAUGACCCACCUGGACCUUUGAAAACCAGAACCCUUUUGGACUACAGUAACUACAUGACUCAGCUGAUGGUAGCCCAAAGCUCAAACCCCAUCCUUAGCCCCUGCAGCAGCAACAAGGGAAGCCCCACAAUGCACAGGAAGCUUGAAGAGCAUGGAUCUGGGAGCCAAGAUGGGGAUGAUCCCAGUGCAGGUUCAGGAGCUGGGGGAAGCAUUGCAGAAGCCCAGCCCACCUGGGUGAACUCCCUAGUGGGGCGGAUCUUCUGGGACUUUCUCCGUGAGAAGUACUGGACGGAUCAGGUGGCGCACAAGAUCCAGAAGAAACUCAGCAAGAUAAAGUUGCCGUAUUUCAUGAAUGAGCUGACUCUGGCUGACCUGGACAUGGGCACUUGUCUACCUCAAGUCCUCAGCACAUCAAAACCAACUCUGGACCAAAGAGGUUUGUGGUUAGAGCUGGAGCUGGUCUACACAGGCUGCCUCCAGAUGACCCUGGAGACUAAGAUGAAUCUGUGUAAGCUGGGUAAAGAUGGCGAGGACGAAGCUCACAGUGUACCAGAGAUGCAGCAAGUUGGCUCUAAGCCCAGGCUGUGUAUUCUGGCCGAUAGUGAUGAAGAGUCCUCCAGCGCGGGCUCGUCUGAUGAAGAGGAGGUCCCUCUGUCUGAGACGCAGGGGUCUCAGGGAGACAAAAGCACAUCUGUAGCAGCUGAGGGGCACACUGGUGGCAGCACAGGCAGGAAGAUUUUAAGAUUUGUGGACAAAAUAGCAAAGUCCAAAUACUUCCAAAAAGCCACAGAGAACGAGUACAUCAAGAAGAAGAUAGCUGAAGUGUCCAACAUGCCUCUGAUGCUCAGCGUCGAGGUCCUGGAGCUCUCUGGGACUCUGGCAGUCAACAUCCCACCUCCUCCAACUGACAGGAUAUGGUACAGUUUCCGAGUCCCUCCAAGGUUAGACCUCCAUGUUCGUCCGACGCUCGGGGAGAGAGAAGUCACCUUCACCCAUGUCACUGAGUGGAUCGAGAAGAAACUGCAGUGUGAGUUCCAGAAAGUUUUUGUCAUGCCCAACAUGGACGAUCUAUAUCUGCCUCUGAUGACAUCCGGCCUGGACAACCCCCCUGUGUCCCACCAGUCCUCCAUCCACUCCUCAUCCCACCAGUCCUCCAUGGAGUCCCAGGAGUGCCUGUCAGAGUGACCACAGAUGGCGUUAAAGUGAUGUAAGCAGGUGUUGUGCAGCUAUUGCCUUGCUCUCUAAUGGAUUCGGAGGCUGCUGCAGCCAGGGACCAGCUCUGUGCCUGUGCUCAGAGGAAAAACUGCAGGACAGACGCCUUCUAAAAGAAGUAAAGAAGAGACGUCAUGGCUACGAGUGGUGCUACAGUGCCCCCUGCUGUGGAUAUGAGGGAAACAGAACAGAUUAUCAGAUGGAUUUUAAAAGUGGAGCUUAAAUUCUGACAUUGAUUGAAGGUACAAGACUUUAAAACUGGAUUUCUUUCCUCCACAUGGAACUGUUUUAAAAGAAUGCAUCCAUCCAUCUUUUUUUUACCAAUCUGAUUAAGGGCUUUAAGCUUGAAUCAACUGGAGACUUAAAAAAGGAACAUUUAUCCAAUCAUCCUUGUGCAUGUUACUUCUUAACAGUGUGAA